AUGGUCCCCGGCCAGCCGUGCCGGGGGGCGGCCUGGCUGCUGCUGGUGCUCCUGCUCCUGCCGCCGGCCCCCGCGGCGUGCACAGGAGAGUUGUAUUGUUCUUUGCUCAACCCUAGGAAUGUCCGUUUUGAAUCUGUAAAUAUGAAGAAUGUCCUUCACUGGUCAGCACCAGAAGGCACAGGCAAUGGAGUACUCUACAAGGUGAAGUAUUCAGUGUAUGGUGUUGGCAAAUGGAUUAGAAAGCCAGAAUGCAGGAAUAUAAACAGAACAUGGUGUGACCUCUCCAGUGAGACCUCUGACUACGAAGAACAAUACUACGCAAGCGUUAAAGCCUUCCUAAAUGGAAUGUUCUCUGACUGGGUGGAGACCACACGAUUCAACCCUCUUACAGACACUAAAAUUGAUCCACCCAUGGUAAGUGUAUCUUCUACUGACAAAUCUAUUUCAAUCAUUCUGACUGCUCCCGAGAAGUGGAAAAGAAGUCCUGAGGAAGAAUCCAUAUCUCUGCUUCAAGUGUAUCCUGGCCUGCAAUACAACGUGUCUGUCCUUAAAAAAAAAACAAAGAAGCGGUGGUUCUUCUCCAUCAGAAACCACACCCUGGUUGUGCCCUGGUUAGAACCUGAAACAGCUUAUUGUGUCAGUGCACAGAUACAUGUCACCACACCGCUUUUGGACAGUGGCUUUUCCAAAGAAUAUUGCAUUGCUACCUUGAAAGAUAAAACAGAAGAUGAGACUAUAAGAAUCGCAUUUGGAUAUGUUCUCCCUACCAUGCUGGCUGUCCUUUUUAUUUCAGUGACAUGCUAUUGUGUGCACAAGUAUAUUCAUGUCCACAAACAAAAACAUCCAACAAAUCUGGUAUGGCAGUACACUGACAAAUGCAAUGAAAAGGUUUUCAUACCAAGUGAAAAAAUGAUGCUUAAUCUUAUCAGCGUUACUGGGGAUGACUUUAAGGAAUCCAAUCAUCUAUCGGAAAGGAAAAGUGCCCACUACUACACUGUUUACACUGGCAGUGAAGGGAAGGAUUUGCCUUCUAAGGAAGUUGUUACAGAAGUGCUGGAAACAAAACACUUGGUUGAUAUUUCACACGAGGAGAUUUCACACAAAGAGAUUUCACACGAAGAAGAUAUUCUAGUGGAAAGGGACCAAACUAGAGACUGGACAUCCUAUGGCCAGUCUGGGACACAGAAUACUUUGAGAAAGAAAAAUGCAGGGGCUGUAGAGUAUGAACAUGAUGUAAGGACUGAAGACUUUAGACCUGGUCAGAAAAUAGAAGAGAAAUUUUCUGCCCCCAGGGGACAGAUCUGUGAGCUACAGAUCACUUUGAGGGACUUGGUUGAUAUGGAAAUAGGACAGCCAUAUUCCCCCCAACUAGAGGUGAGGGUAGCAGACCUUUGUCUGGGACAGAAAACAGAGGAACUUAAUUUGAAGAUGGUUGAUGUAGCAGAUGAAUUGACAUGUGAGACCCAUAUGAGCUUUGUGGACCUGGAUACUGAAAAAUCUGGGCAGACAUCCUAUCGUCAGCUGGAAAAAAUCACACAGGGCCUCACAGAUAAAGAAGGUGAACAGACGACAGUAGUUGAUUGGGAUCCUGACAAUGGAAGACUGUAUAUUCCUACUUUGUCCAGUGUUGAAAAUCGGGUGUGUGAAGGAGUAUUCAAGUAUGAUGAUCCAAACAAAGACGAAAUUUUGUUCAGACUGUAUAAGAAAGAGGUAUCUAGUGAAUCAUCAAAGGACCAAGGAAUGUAUCUCCUGCAGUUCAAGGAACAAUGGGGGCUUCAUGUAGAAAUGGAAGACUGAAAAGUAACUUUUUUAAAUAUUCAAAAAUGCAAAAUCCUGUUUACUUUGCUAAAGAGAGUGAUGGACUCAGGGGAGCAGACACAUCUAAAUGUAUUGAAGUUUUUGGAACCAUCACAGUUGAAUAUUUAUUCAUUAUCUGUUAUUGAUAACAGUUUCCAGAUGCGAUAUAAAUUAGUUGACUUUCAUCAUAUACCUCUUGUGUAAAAUAUGAUUGUUAUGACAUUAUAUUAUUUUUA